UACAAAUAAUAACCGUCCGAUUUACUUUUCUCGUACUUAUAUACUCCUGCACCUCGGCGUCGAUUACCUUCUUCCGUUCGCUUUGUCUGGGCCGCCUCGAGAGAGACAGAGAGAGAGAGAGAGCGAUCGAGGAGCGUCUUCGUCCAAGGCUGUCAAUUUGAGAGAUGGCUCGUACCAAGCAAACUGCUCGCAAGUCCACUGGAGGGAAAGCUCCCAGGAAGCAACUCGCCACCAAGGCCGCGCGUAAGUCUGCCCCGACGACUGGAGGUGUCAAGAAGCCUCAUAGAUACCGCCCUGGAACUGUUGCUCUUCGUGAGAUCCGUAAGUACCAGAAGAGUACUGAGCUUCUGAUCAGGAAACUUCCAUUCCAGAGGCUUGUCCGCGAGAUUGCUCAGGACUUCAAGACUGAUUUGCGUUUCCAGAGCCAUGCCGUCCUGGCACUGCAGGAGGCUGCUGAGGCUUACCUUGUGGGUCUCUUUGAAGACACCAACCUUUGUGCCAUCCAUGCCAAGCGGGUGACCAUCAUGCCUAAAGAUAUUCAGUUGGCAAGGAGGAUCAGAGGCGAGCGUGCCUAAGAGACAUCUGUCAGACUGACUGGUUCUCUCUGUGACAUCUGCCAGUGUAAUUAAUUAAUUAGAUUAGUUCUGAUGUAGUUGGUAUUGGUGAUCUAGGAUUGGUUACACCUGUGCUGGGUUGAGAAUGGUUGCACCUUGCAAAUUUCCUUGUUAAACUGUGUUUUUGUUGUCAUGGCAUCUCUAUCUCUCUGCCAUCGAACAUUGUUUCUAAUGUUUGCAUCUAAAAGACGUUGAUCUUAUGUUGUUUCUA